AUGGAGUGGAAACAAACAGUCCAAACAGUCACAUUCUACUAUAACGUGAAACGCGACUGUCGAAGCCUGUGUUAUGAAUUGCAUAGGCUAAACAAUUCGAGGUUAAACUUCAAAUUAAUUUUCGAGAAUAAUACAGUAACUAUUGAGCUGCGCUUAAGAGCGGACAUAAAAUGGCCACCAACGUGCACCAGAAACUUUGAAACGAUGCAGGUGGAGUUUAUGUUUACAAAGCAGGAGAGAAUGCCGUGGAUGCAUUACGGUCAUCAAGUAGUGAAAAGGGUUGGGACCUCCAUUAUUCGAGCAUACGAAGAAUACGAAAUAGUUGCGAAUGAACCACUUUCGAAUCUAGUUCAUUUGUUAGUCGUUCGAGCGAGAAAUUUCUUGCAAAUUUUGCCCAUUGGCAGGCACGUAACGGUUCAAUUGACCGACACGGGAACAUACAAAUCGCGAUCGUAUACCCCUGUACCGCCGUGCCUUCACCCUGAUGACAUGGCGCCGAACUAUACAACCAAUUGCCUGUGUUUCAUGAUCAAGAAGUAUCCAAAUGGUGCUUUCAGUCCGGUCAUAACAGGCCUUCAGACUGGCCAAAGCCUACUCAUAAGCAAUGCUCAAGGUUCCUUCAUAAUAGAAAUCUUUGAUCGUUAUCCUGUCAUUCACAUGCUUGCUGCUGGCACAGGACUAACAGUGAUGCUUGGUAUCAUUCAACGAGCUUUGGUCAGACGCAACGUGUCAGUAUUCCUACCAUUUUCUAAA